UUAUUAUUGUUUAUAAUCCUUCAUAGUCCAUGGCUGUCUUAUAAUAUGUUACCAUAGAAUACAGGGCGAUCUAAUAACUACUAUACAAAAAUGAAAUUGGUGGAGGAUCGCCCAUGCCCUGCUGUUAUCCCGUUUUUCCGUCGGGCGCCAUUUGUAUGAUCUUGAGCUUGAUGUCACAGGUGGCUUAAGAUUGUAUGACUAAGGAGCAGUACAAGCUACAUAAAAAAUCAAUUGGAAAAAAAUAUAUAUGUGUUCAUUAUUAAUUAUUAAUAUUAGUGAGAAUAAUGGGGUAAAUAUGAUAUCAGAAACUGUACAUCAUGAGUCUUGUACGAGGAGUUAUUUCGCGCAAUACCAUUCCAGCCGCCAUUUGCAUUGUUUACAAACCACACAACCACACCUGUACAACAAACCGCUGCAUGCCGCAUGUCACCAGAACCGUGCGAAUUGUGUCUUGCCUAGUUGUCUGUCAUAACCUACGAGUGAUGGUGGGAAUAAUAUGCUUAUUCACUUCAUUCAGUGGAGAGAGAGAGAGAGAGAGAGAGAGAGAGAGAGAGAGAGAGAGAGAGAAUAUCCAUAUCACCGAGAUAUCCACUCAGGCAUUCAGUCUCAGCCUCACUCGUGUGAGGAGGAAAUGAGGGACACCAUGAGCGGCUGGCUAGUAUUGGUACCGAUACCGAGCAGUCUGGUACCGGUACUGUACCAUAUAGCUGGUAGCGUUAGUACUGGUACUGGUACCGGUACCUGCCCACCCCUAUUGUUGAGUAGCGUGGCAGCGUGGGUACUGUAUUGCUGUUCAAGUGGCGCGCGGGAAGAACUGAGCUCAGCUGUGUGGCCGCGACGCCGUGAGUCCAGUUGCGUGAGACAUCUGGUGGCCACUCCAUAAAAUAUCGCGUAUAAGUGAAAAAACGUGUAAAUUAAACAUUUAUUUGGAUUUUGGACCCGGUGUUAUUUAAAAAACGCGUAAACCAAACUCGCGUAAAUUGAGAGUUGCCUAACUGAAAAUAGAAAGUGGUUAUUGUGGGCCUUAACCCUUUCAUUGCUAAACGCUCGCAGUGAGCACUAGCAUAACUUGCUGGUGGUGCUAAACGCUCGCUGCGAGCUCCAGUCGCACUCAAAUUUCCCACGUAUGAGUGUUCCAACACUAUUUCUCACACCACUUCAGUGGGUUUUCCAGUUAAUUUGGUGGAAAAUCAUAUCAGCCUAGCGCGAAAAAUCUAUGGAUGAGCAACUGGUGGAUGUUGUUGUCCAAUAUAGCAGCAUUUUUGCAUAGCUUCACCUAUCACAUGACUGAUAUUUUGACCAAAUAGAUGAGAAACAUAACGCUGCUCCCCCUGCCACUCUCCACGGCCAAACGCCUCAUCUCCUGCACCUGCCACUCUUUGUGGGACAACACCCUCUGCAUCACCUCUAAGGGCCAGUACCGUACCAACUCCUCCCCACAGCCGUGGAUGAGGAAAACGUCCCGCGUCCUAGACGUGGCCCUGACGUGCCUCCGCCUGGGCCACACGCGCCUCAAUGCUCACCUCCACUACCUGCGCCUGAUCCCCAACCCUCACUGCCCCUGGUGCAGAACCGUCGAGGAGACCAUUGAGCACCUCCUGCUGCACUGCCCCGCUUCCACUCCCAGCGAGUGCUGCUCCGACACCAACUCCGUGCCCUGGACAUGCCCACCUUUGACCUGCCCACGCUGCUGGCGGCAGCAGGCAACCACCCCUCACGACAGGACUCUGUCAUCCACCUCACCUGCGCCUUCCUCAGGAAGACAGGGCAGCUGACACACCUGUGAAGCCCUCACAAGACGACACCAGGGCUCAUGUGAGCGACUAGAUUGCCACGGCCCUAAACAACAACAACAACAACAGUGCCGUCGAGUCUGUAAAACAGACCAAUUCUGGUAAGUCCCAGCAAAUAUUAAGUGUUUUAAAUGUAUUUAUUUGAGUGAUCUGGCCACAGGACACAGCAUAAACCAAUAAAAAUGUUAAAAAAAUAUGAGGAUCUUGGGGCCUGGAACGGAUUUUUUUUUUUUCUACAUUAAUUUCAAUGCGAUAAAUUGCUUCCUAAUUCGAACAUUCCCAAUUCAAUCAGCCCAAAUGAACCAAUUAAGUUUGAAUCACAAGGCACCACUGUAGUUCAUAACGCUUUUACACUGCCAAUCUUUCAUCUACAUGAUGAAAGAAACUAGAAGUUCUUCAGUUGCAGCACAGCAGAGAUAUGAUGUUAGGAAUUACAAAUCAUGGCGGGAAAUCGGAUGACGGGAAUUCCCACACCAAGCCUUUCUCCGUCCAAGUGGGAAUUCCCACCAGACAUCUGUUAGGGGUUAAAUAGUAAACAAAGCAGCUCUGCCAGUCCACUUUACGAGUCUCUUGGUAGGCCAACUUCCACUGCUCCUCUUCAGCCACUACCAUCAUCUGUUUGUUUACAUACAGCUGCACAGUAGCUCGUACCCACAACUGUUUUCCAUCCAUAUGGAUGGAACCAACUGUUGGGCGUACAGGCAACUGCAGUUGCCCAUAGUCUAAAUGGUUGGAGAAAAACAGCCAGUGUGACACCACCUACUGUGCCGUCAACUCUCCUCCAUACAAGACCCCAAGCACCCUGUGAAGGAUCUGGUGGAUGGGCGAGGGCCUUGGCUUUGUCAACAGGGGGACAAGUCCAGGCGACUUCAACUUGACCUUCAACUUGAACAGGCAACAAAAAUAACCUACAUAGACAUUGGGAAUGGCGGCAGUGUGAUGAUUGGUGUGGAGGUGGGGCGGUCAGCCUGGCCCAGUGACCGGCCCCUUGUGACACUCAUUCCCACCACGACCUUCAUGACACUGGCUGAGCUGAACUGUGGCCAGAACAGGAACUCAGUUCACAUGUUCAAGCAUGAGGAUAUGAAAGAGGCAACCAGAAAUGAGGAGUGGGACAGGGUGAGGAUUCUGUGCUCACAGCCCUUUCCCAGCACCAAGCAGUAUGGACUCUCCUUGUUCAAAAUGUACACUGAUGUCAAGGCAAGAAUGGAACCCCAACUGAUCACUCCACAGAAAGAUCAUAGCCUGAGGAUUGCACCAGACAAGAGGAAUGAGUUCAUAACUAAAAUGAAUCUUUCCAACUCAAAAAAGACACAACUGUCAGAAAGAAUAAAAUCACUUGAGGUGAGUCGGCUUCAUGAUGGAGGCAAAGAGCCUGUCAAGGUCCACCACCCCAGCAGUCCAUUAUCACGUGCUGCCCAGCUUGUGACCCUUGCCGCCAAGAUACCAACCCAGCAAGAAACUGUAGCCAGCAAGUCUGAGCUGGAGCGUGAAGGUCUGAGGUUUCUUAUGUCCUUGAACUUGUCUGUUUCUGAAAUGGACAGUCUACCUAUCAAAGAUUUACGUCUGAAGUUUGAGGACAAGAGACAAAAACAGUUGAACUUUGCUGAAAGGAAGAUAUUCAGAAACAUAGCAAUUGAUUACGCCAAAAGACGAAUGGAAGUGUUAGAGAAGGACAUAGCAACUCAGCUGGCAGCAAAAGGAGUCAGGACAUCAGAAGUACCUGUAAAAGCACUGCAGCAGAAGAGGAAAUAUGAUCACACCAGCAUGGAAAAUGAAAUCAACAAGGAAGUAAUUAGUGUUAGUUCAUCAAGUUCAAAGAGUAAACUUACAACACAGGAAAGUGGGUUCCUUAGGAGAACAGACAAAACGCAUCAAGAAAAUGUCACUCCAGCUAGAAAAUUUACUUUUGGUCAUUCUAGAAAGGCAGAAAAGCCUUUAGAUAUUGUUAACCAGCAAACAGAUGAAUCACACGCCCCAUCUAAGCUCCCGAAGAAUUCUGUUAUUUCAAAUAAACAAAAAGAAAAAAUCUCUUACUCGAGAAAUGCGUUAUCUUUAUUAGACUCGCAUGUCACACCCAAGGUGCCAAGAAAGAGAAAAUCCAAGAAAACUGAUAAUAAAGAGCUCAAGCAAGAGUCAAUUGUAGGACAGUGGAUCACACCCACAAAUAAAAAGAAACUGGAGGAGAAAAAGUUUCAGUACUCAGUGAGAGGGCAUCAUUAUUCUGACAGUGAUAACAGUGAUAAUGAGUGCAGUAUUGAGAACUCAUUUUCCACUCCCAGAAAAAAAUCUUCCAGCUCCUCCCUCCACAAGUCAUCCUCAGUCAUCUCAAGAACAACUGGUAGUAUACCCAAGGGGAAUCAUCUUGGUGCAGCUCCUACCAACAAGUAUAACUCAGCUGGGAGACAGGGAGAGCAGUCUGUGUUAGGAGACAAUCAACAAUGGGUGGAGUGUCCAUUGUGCUCAAAUUCCUUCCCUGCCGAGGAAAUAGAGACACACGCAGCAUCUUGUAAUGUGACAGCCUUAUCCAGUUCUGAUGGCAGCAGUCCCUUUAGGAUUAGUCCAGAGCCAAGUUGCAGCAGAAAGGCAGAGUCAUGUCCUGUGUGUGGCGUGCAGGUGGCUGCCUCAGCGCUGGAGUCACAUGCCACACAGUGUGCCUCGACUAUGUUUGACUGAUGCCAUCAGUCAGCUCUUUUUAUUGUAUGCAAAAUAUAUAAACUUAGUAGGGUCACAGGAGAAAAUUCAACAAUUUUGUAAUUUGUUUAUUUACUUUGAAUUUACUUUCCCAAAAAAUGUUUCCACAUGAAUGUACAGUACAGGUGACUCUCGAUUUACGCGAGUUUGGUUUACGCGUUUUUUAAAUAACGCGGGGUCCAAAAUCCAAAUAAAUGUUUAAUAUACACACGUUUUUUCCACUUAUACGCGAUAUUUUAUGGAGUGGCCACCAGAUGUCUCACGCAACUGGACUCACACGGCACCGUGGCCACACAGCUGAGCUCAGUUCUUCCCGCGAGCCACUUGAACAACAAUACAGUAUCCACGCUGCCACGCUACUCAACAAUAGGGGUGGGCAGGUACCGGUACUAACAGUACCAGCUAUACGGUACAGUACCGGUACCAGACUGCUCAGUACCGGUACCAAUACUAGCCAGUCGCUCAUGGUGUCCCUCAUUUCUUCCUCAGGUGAGUGAGGCUGAGACUGAGUGCCUGAUUGGAUAUCUCGGUGAUAUGGAUAUUCUCUCUUUCUCUCUCUCUCUCUCUCUCUCUCCACUGAAUGAAGUGAAUAUUUAUUUUUCGACAGAAACCUACCUCUUGUUUGAUUUACAUUGUUCUUGAUUUACACGACCUCUUCAAGGACGCAAUACUCGCGUAAAUCGAGUUACCUGUAUUAUAAAUGAAUGUUUUUAUCCCAUGCUGACUCUUGAAAUCUGGUGGUUUAUCAUCCAUGUGUUGUACAAACUGUGUGUCCUGCAGUAAAGAAGAGAAGCGUAGUAAAUAGAAACCCCAUCAUCUGAUUACUUUUACCCAGUAGAGGAUUCAAGGGCAGCUGAUCAGCUUUCAUGCUGCUCUGUACUAAUGAACACUGAAGCAGCUGAGCUGGUGACCGGGUGAAUGUGUAGGAAGUUAAUAUGUGAAAGAUGAUGUGAAAAUGAAAGUGACCUACAAAAUUUGGUCAGUGUUUUUGAUAGUGUCUGUAAAAGGAGAAAGCUCAAAGUAAAUGUGAACAAAAGUAAAGUGAUGGUUUGUGAGCGAAGUAGAAGUGAGGUUGUAGAUUUUGUAUGCCCAUAUUGAGUGGGAAUUGAAUGUGAAAAAGAAUGCAAAAUAAUUUUGAAUUGUGAAGAAAUGGAGGAGGUCAAUGAAUUUAAGUACCUUGGAUCAGUUAUGUGUAAGCAUGGUGGUACGGAGGGAGAGAUAAGAGAAAGGGCAUUGCAAGGAAGAAGGGUGGUAGGGUCUUUGGGACGAAUCAUGAAUGGCAGAAGUGUG